UAGGUUUUUUUUUGUUCUGAGAAAAAAGUUCAGAGGACCACCGUGUCGUUUUUUUCCCUCCAAAAUAUAUGAUUGAUGGGUAGCUUGCACCGGCACCGGUUAUCCCUAAUAAAAAUGAAAAUUGUAAUAAGCUUUGUUAAAAUGCAUAAAAUGUUGCGUGUGAUUGGGUAACACCUUUAUAAGAUCCCUAAUUGCUGCUGUAGCUGCUGUUUAAGAACCACAACAGACUAAAUCCUCCGGUGGUCACUGUAACCUUCUCAAACCCUAAAACUGUAAAGAUCGCUUCGAUUAGUCAAAUCCAUCGCGGCUGGUUCAGCACAAAAUCCGUCUCCCUUUGUCGCUGCGUUUAGAAGCUGAAUCGAGGCUUUUAGGGGAAGUGACUGAAAGAGGCUUUGGCAAUAGAUUGGAGUAUAGGUUAGAUUCAGUAGGUACAUUCAAUUAGAAAAAUAAAGCUUAUUGUAAGAUAUAUAGAGACAAAGAAACGAGGAUUUGCUGGGUGGUUAUGUAACAUAUAUUUAGACAUAUAGAAAGGUGUUUUUGCAGGGUGAUUUUAGAUUAUCACUAUUAGUUUGGCAGUGUAUUUGGAGCCUCUGCAUCUUUCUUGUCUAGGAGGUGUUUUUCCAUUUUGGGAUCCGAGAUUGAUGGAUGUAGUAAAUGAUUUUCAUAUGGGAGGUUCAACCAGUACAGAGGAUGUAAAUUUGUCACAGAAGCGGAAAACACCAAAAAGGAAGAAACAAGAAUUUAAUUCGACAAAGCAGAAUGAGAAGAGCAAAAGGAAGAAGACAACACAUAAUCCUAUUGCAACACAUAAUCCUAUUGAAGGCAAUAAUAGCGGCUGUGGCACUUCAGAGAAUACUUUUUCAGCAAAAGAUUCUGUUCCUGCAUUGGAUAUGCAGUCAGGACAUCCAAUUCAAUGUCUUUCCACUGAUCCAAUAACAAGUCAAUCUUGUGAGGAUGUGGGUUUUUGUCAAGGAGGUCAUGAAGAAAAAGAGCAGAAGAUGAUAAAUGCAACUGCAGAAAAAGCUUCCUCACCUGCAUUGGAUAUGCUGUCAGGACAUCCAAUUCAAUAUCUUUCCACUGAUCCAAUAACAAGUCAAUCUUGUGAGGAAAUGGAUUUUUAUCAGGGAGAUCAAGAAGAAAAGGAGCAGAAGAUGAUCAGUACAACUGCAGCAAAAGCUUCCAUACCUGCAUUGGAUAUGCUGUCAGGAAAUCCAAUUCAAUGUUUUUCCACUGAUACAAUAACAAGUCAGUCUUGUGAGGAAGUGGGUUUUUGUCUGGGAGAUCAUGAAGAAAAGGAGCAGAAGAUGAGCAAUACAACUGCAGCUAAAGCUUCCACACCUGCAUUGGAUAUGCUUUCAGGACAUCCAAUUCAAUGCCUUUCCACUGAUCCAAUAACAAGUCAACCUUGUGAGGAAGUGGGUUUUUGUCGGGGAGGUCCUGAAGAAAAGGAGCAGAAGAUGAUCAAUGCAACUGCAGCAAAAGCUUCCACACCUGCAUUGGAUAUGCUGUCAGGACAUCCAAUUCAAUGUUUUUCCACUGAUCCAAUAACAGGUCAAUCUUGUGAGGAAGUGGGUUUUUGUCUGGGAGAUCGUGAACAAAAGGAGAAAAAGAUGAUCAAUACAACUGCAGCAAAAGCUUCCUCCCCUGCAUUGGAUUUGCUCUCAGGACGUCCAAUUCAAUGCUUUUCCACUGAUCCAAUAACAUGUGAAUCUUGUGAGGAAGUGGGGUUUUGUCAGGGAGAUCAUGAAGAAAAGGAACAGAAGACAAUGGAUACAACUGCAGAAAAGCAGCAUAACGUUUCAGAAGUAAGCUGCAACCACACUUCUGUUGCAGCAAGUCCGGAGCCUUUUUCGAAAGAGUGUGUGCCAGAAGUUGUAAAAUUGAGUCCUGAGCAUAGCAUAAAUGAUAACAUUUCCAACCUGGAGGAUAAGAAUAGUUUUGUAAAUGAUACAAUUAUGAUGAAGGAAGAUGUUGAUGACCCAGCAGAUUAUGAAUUGUACGAUAAAAACAUGUGUUACAAAGCCUGUACAAGGAGACAAAUGGUUGAUGCUGAUUGUAGGAGAAGCAGUGGUGACCAUAGUCCUGAAAGUGCUAACAAGGAACAGACUUUUCAGGAUCAUGACAAGGAUCAUUCACACCAAUUUUCUGAUGGAUCAUUGAGAGUUGGCUUGAUGGAUGGAGAAACAAAACUUUCAUUUGAUCAAGUUACCUCAUAUAGUGGGGCUGCAGCUGAGGAAAUAAAGUUGAGCACUGACAUUCCUGUGGAGCAUCUCGAAGCAGAUGGUAGACAACAGGAUGAUACAGAGAUUACAAGAAGCAAUCUGUGUUGUGGAGGUGAGCAAAUAGAGUUGAACACUGACAACAUUGAUGAGCAAAGGUCUAUGACUGUCUCAUCUGCAGUUGGCAUUCAUGUGGAGCAAGUUGAAACUAAUGGUAGACAGCUAGAUCAUGCGGAGAUUACAAGAAAUAAUCUGUGUUGUGUAGGUGAUGUUUCUGAUUUAAGCUUAGACACAGUAAGAGAUGGUCAUUUAAAGAUUUCACAAUUCUCACUAGACAGAAGUGGUUCGGGGAACCCAAAGAAGAAGCUUCUCAUCCUUGAUGUGAAUGGACUGCUUGCUGAUUUUGUCAGUAUCUAUGACACUAGAACAAGAUAUAGGCGAGAACGAGAGCCAGAUUUUAUACUGAAAGGGAGAAAAGUCUACAAGAGGCCCUUUUCCGAGAAUUUUCUACAGUUUUGCUUUGACAGAUUUCAUGUAGGAGUAUGGUCUUCUAGAGCCAAGUGCAAUGUUGAUGAAGCAAUCAAAUUUCUCAUGGGGAAAUCUGCAUCCAAACUUCUCUUUUGUUGGAAUCAGUCCCACUGUACUACAACUGAAUUCACUACUGUUGAGGAUUUACACAAGCCCCUUGUGUUGAAGGAACUUAGAAAAUUGUGGGAAAAGGAAGAAGCCGAUCUACCAUGGGAGAAGGGAGAGUUUAACGAGUCCAACACAUUAUUAUUGGAUGACUCCCCUUACAAGGCACUAAUGAAUCCUAUGCAUUCAGCUAUAUUUCCUUAUUCUUACCGAUACUUCUACACCAGAGACUCAGAAUUAGGACCAGAAGGUGAUCUUCGGAUUUAUCUAGAAGGGUUGGCUUUAGCUGAGAAUGUAAGAAAGUACGUGUCAGAAAAUCCUUUUGGGCAACGGCCGAUAAGAGAAGCAAAUCCAUCGUGGGGUUACUACCGUAGAGUUAUAGAAUCAGUUCAAAAGAAGCGAUCAGGCACUGCAUUUGUUUAAUCACUCUGAUGAAUGAAAUGACGUUCAGUUUUGAUUUAAAAUAGAUCAGUUUUGUUUACUUACUACUUCUUAAGCCAGAAUGACUAGCAGCAGGGCAUAUAGUUCAAUUGUUUUCAUCAUUUUUUUACCUUCUUGGAACGUUUUUGGUUUGCCGUUGGAAAUCACUGACCACUGAACUCCAGUUUAGAGCUGUUCAAAAUUGAUUAUUAUGUAAAACUUGGAUUAACAGAAUAAACUAGAGUCUCAUUUGAAGCUACUUAAGGUGGCAUUUGGAUCCUCAAAAAGAAUAUGCAAGUCUAUUAGGUAUUA